ACUAAUUACUAAGCAAAUGCUCGACGAUGCGGUGCCGUUAUUGAAGGUUAAACAGUUAUAUCUGUUAUUAGUGGUAUUGUGACUAACAUUAAUCUGAUUUAAAUUGGGAUCCUCACAGAAUAGCGCUGAGAUGAAUGACUGAUGUGAUAGUGAGAGCACCUGCAGAGUGCACAUGUUUGAUUGACACCAAGAGCGCUCAUGUUAAAGAGAGUGAAGCUGAAAGUGCUCAUGAUGGCUUAAACAGUCUCUAUCGCUCCACACAACAUCUGAUUGUCACGACUCAUGUUACAUCACGUGUACUCAGAUUUGUAUCCGCAUGUUUAUUUGUUUUUUAAUUUGUUUUUAUACCCGUUAGCAGCCUCUUUAUCCUCUUCCUGCUCACUGUGCAAUGAGUCAGAAUAACUACUGUAAUGACUCUAGAAAAUGGGCAACUUAAUAUUCAUACACGUGUAAUUCUUACAAAUUUUAAAAAACAAAACAGCAUAUUCAUCUGAAUAACACCAUGUCUGAAAGUUUACAUUUGUGAAGGCUUAGGAUUGCCAACAACUGACCUUCCAAAGGCCACUCUGACAUGCUCCAAGGGCUGAGCAAGCGCUCGUUCAUUAGAGGAGCUGUGUGUAUGUGUGAUUCCCUCAGGUCUUUACUCCUGCCCAUUUCUCCUGAAUUCAACACAUUGAGAAGGCUGUUCCAAAGGUUGCAGUGAUGAUGAGGAUGGUGAUGAAGAAGAGACAGAGCUGAGAGCUGAGCUUGUGUGGUUGUGUUGCGUUCACAUUGGGAGUGGAAAGGACACCCUCCCCCACACACACAGCAUCCAUGUUUUCCCCCGACCAGGAAAACAUCUGCACAUCCUCAACCAAAGUGCCAGUCAAAUAUGGAGAACUCAUUGUGCUCGGGUAUAAUGGCUCUCUACCCAACGGGGACCGUGGCAGAAGGAAGAGCCGGUUUGCACUCUUUAAGAGGCCCAAAUCCAAUGGGGUCAAACCCAGCACUGUACAUGUAGCCUGCACCCCACAGGCUGCCAAGGCCAUAAGCAACAAGGAUCAGCACAGUAUAUCCUACACUCUGUCCCGAGCACAGACAGUAGUGGUGGAGUACACUCAAGACAGCAAUUCAGACAUGUUUCAGAUUGGCCGCUCAACUGAGAGUCCUAUAGAUUUUGUGGUGACCGACACGGUUCCUGGCAGUCAGAGUAACUCAGACACUCAGUCGGUUCAGAGCACCAUCUCUCGCUUUGCAUGUCGUAUCAUGUGCCAGCGAUCGCCCCCUUACACCGCUCGCAUCUAUGCUGCCGGAUUCGACUCCUCAAAGAACAUCUUUCUAGGGGAGAAGGCAGCAAAGUGGAAGACGUUGGAUGGACAGAUGGAUGGUCUGACUACUAAUGGUGUAUUAGUGAUGCAUCCUCGCCUCGGUUUCACGGAGGACUCGAAACCUGGUGUGUGGAGAGAGAUUUCAGUGUGUGGAAAUGUGUUCACCUUGAGAGAGACCCGCUCGGCUCAGCAGCGAGGGAAAAUGGUCGACAAUGAGACUCAGGAGUUAGUUGACGGCUCUCUGAUUGAUCUCUGUGGAGCGACUCUCUUGUGGCGGACAGCCGAGGGCCUUUCCCGCACUCCCACUGUCAAACACCUGGAGGCGCUCCGGCAGGAGCUGAACGCCGCUCGUCCCCAGUGCCCUGUGGGUUUCAACACCCUCGCCUUCCCUAGCAUGCGCAGGAAGGACAUCGUGGACGAGAAGCAGCCCUGGGUCUACCUAAACUGCGGCCACGUUCACGGCUACCACAACUGGGGGAACUGCGACGCAGAGCGAGAUGGAAGAGAGGGGAGGGAACGUGAAUGUCCCAUGUGCCGCGCUCAUGGGCCGUACGUGCCGCUGUGGCUGGGCUGCGAGGCAGGCUUUUAUCUGGAUGCAGCCCCACCCACUCAUGCAUUCAGUCCAUGUGGUCAUGUAUGCUCAGAAAAAACGGCAGCAUAUUGGAGUCAAAUCCCUCUCCCCCACGGAACACACACCUUUCACGCCGCAUGUCCUUUCUGUGCCCAGCAGCUCAGCGGUGAGCAGGGAUACAUCAGACUGAUCUUCCAGGGGCCGGUGGACUAAAAACACCUGCCUAUGGCUUUUUGACUGCAGCAGCCCCAUAGCCUGCUUUGCUUAUGGUAAAAAUAAGACAGGCUUGCUUUCUCACUCUCUCAUUCUCUGCUGUUCCUGAAAUUUGCUUUUCUUUUUGUAAGUGCUGACUCAAGACUGUUUUUUCCCUUUUGGUUUGUAAGUGACCUUUAUACUGCUUUUUCGAAUACAGAGAAAAGACAAAGAAAUAUAUAUUUUCAAAUAAAAUAAAUAAGCAAAAAAAAAAAAAAAAAAAAUGGAAUAGACCUAUUCAAAACAGCAGAGCACAUGCACACCCAUGUUUGAGAGUUUUGAUUGGGUGGCUCUGCUCUUCAUUUGAAGUCAAAGAUGGUGAUGUGUACAGUGUUUAUUUGCAGUAAUACUCAACAUUAGAGAUGCAAUACACUGUCCUUGUGUGUUUCUAAUGAGCUAACAAAAGAUUCUAUUGUACUCAAUAAUUCAUUCAGUAAUUCACAUCAUUUCACAUAGCAACUACAUUAUACUACAGAAAGUUGUUUUCCAUAGUCAGAUAUGUCUAACUUAAAAAAAAAUAUAUAAAAAAAAAUACUUGUUAAUGUUUUUUUUUUUUUUAUUUAUUUAUAUACAAUAUCAAUGUUUAUCAAAGAUAAGAUUAUAGGUGAGUUUUUGGGGAGUUGAGUUCUAUGUAGCUGUUUUUUUUUAUUAGUUCUCUCUAUCUUUCUCUGUCGUUAAUGUGAGUCUUUCCACAUGUAGCCUUUUCUAGCAUUCAGAUUUUCUCUGUUCUGUAGUUUGUCCUCAUUAAUGUAGGUAACAUAUGAAUUAUGUGAGAGUGGAAUCUUUUCUGCAAUAGUGAACCCAUGAGGCCAUGCUAAAAGAAAGUUUCUUGCUGAACUCCAGAAAACUCAGAGGCCUAAAAGUCUUCACCUCCCUUAGGGCACAGGCCAAAACCUAAUGCCCUGUCAAUGAGUGUUUGCAGAGAUGUGUCUUUUGUGUGUGGAUAAAGUUUUUCCUUAGUCAACAUGAAAGGAAAAUCAAUCCAAUUGACUUCCUUAACACACGUUCUUGGUCUUAAUAUUAGCGAUUCAUUGGUGCACGUAAUUCCAAAGAACAAUUUUUUUUUUUUUUUUUUGUCUUCGCAAUUUUUAAUAAAAAUGAAAUAACUUGUUCAGCUUCCGAAAUAACUUUUUCUUUUUGCAGGUAUGCAAACUCAUGAGUGGUAUAAAGGUGAGAAAGUCAUAGCAGGUGUUCCAGAUGUAUAAUUUCAGUUGAUUAGUUUGGUUUAUUUAAGUAGUUUUAUUAUUUAUUUAUUUAUUUAUUUUUAAGUGUUUAAGCUUAAAGUAACCCUUUCAAGUGAUUUCAGUAAGGAAAAUUUUAGAAAAUGUUCCAAACAAUUUGGGCAAAUUAGUUUCAGAAAAGGUGACUUUAGCUUAAAAGUGAGUAGUUUGCAUCCCUGUUUUUGGCUGACGUCACAAAACGCCCACCCAUCCAACUACCUGCCGUGUACAGACCACUUUUCCACUUUUUAUGAUACAGUCAAUUUCCAAUUUAUAAAAUCCAAGCCUGCCCUACGUUCUUUUUUUUCUUUUUUUUUUUUGACUUGUUGGAUAUCCUGUUACAAUACACAGAGUGCUGUUGUAUUGAAAAUUCAGUACAUCAGCAUGAUUGCGAGUGUGAUAUUGCUUAGGUUAAUAUCAAGGAAUACAUUUUAAACAAAUUUUAAACAUAAAACUAACAAUUUAGACGUAAAAUGGCCAGUUAUUAUUUUUGCUAUGCUAACAAAAAUGGCUUAAAAUGACACCAAAGCAAGUUUAACAGUUGUGUAUCGCCAAGCAACACAGACUGACAGCCUGUCUGGAACACUGUGACCAGAGACAAGCAGAGCAAUACAAGCAGUAAAUCGUCCCAGGGCUUUUAUACUAAACAUCAGCAUUUCUGGAACACCGCUUGUCCAAUCAGAUUAAAGGGAUAGUUCACCCAAAAAUGAAUUUCAAUUUUUUUAAUUCUCCCAUCAUUUGCUCACCCUUAUGCCAUCCCAGAUGUGUAUGACUCUCUAUCUUCUGCAGAACACAAAUGAAGUUUUUAUAUAUAUAUAUAUAUAUAUAUAUAUAUAUAUAUAUAUAUAUAUAUAUAUAUAU